UGCGAAAGCCGGCCGCCGUCAAGCGCUAAGUUUGCUAUCGGACCCGAACUUUUUUUUCGAAUGCAUCCCUGUUGGUUCUUCGUAGACUUUCUCCCACCAGCUACUGGACCAUAAUUUUGACUCCCUCGGAACUCGUUCUGAUUUGGUUGAAGUGCCGCUGACAUCCGUGCAGUUCUGUGUCGCUGAAAGGGAUUAUUUUAAAACUAUCGCUUUGUGAUCGCCGGCGCAGAGGGUCGAAACCUCUCGGAAACAGGAAAGGAAUGUCCGCUGACGAUUCGACAGAUUCGACGAGCUCAUCGCCGUCAGAGUCACCGCCUCCUCUACCCCCGUUAACCGAUCAUCAUCCACAUCUAAGGAUAAACCACGUUUCGAUGGGGCUCGACUCGCAAUCAGCGUUCAUGAGGAGAUCAUUCCAUAAGAAUCCCAGGUUACCCGGAUCCUACCGUUUGUCGAAGCUAAACGGUUCUUCCAGGAACUCGUACGCGGAUUCCGAAUCAGAGAAUGAUCUGCCCGAUAAUGCGAUAGCGUCAGGAGACGUGAACAAUGCCGUGUUCAGUCGUGGUUCCACGCAAAGACAGAGCAUCACGUCGAUGAGAUCGUUGCCCGCACGAAUGUUUGAUAUUCAUCCGGCACGGCAUGAAAGGCGGCGCGCAAUAAUUCCUAUUUCAACCAAGAUGGCGUCUCGUGUUAUCUCGAACGCAACCGGUGACCUCGGAGCUUCACACGUGGAUUGCAGAGAUUUCACGACGAUCCCUCUAGCUCUGUCUCGGGCGCCUUCGGCGUCUUCAUCGCCACGCCUCCACCGCAACCAGCGCAUCGUCGAAGAGGUUGAAGUACCGUCGUUCGUGACGUUCAAGCCACCGUACGGUCGCAGCAGCAUCUGCAGCUCGGACGAUUGCAGCACAAGCGAAUGCAGCAGCUCCCCGCACAGCACCGUUCGUAGGACCGGGACGUCGAGUUCCCCGGACCUCCUGAAAUCAUCGUUGCACUGGUUCAAGGAUCCCGCGUGCCGAUUGUCAAUGUCGAGUCAGAGUUCUUGGUUUUCCGACGAUGAGCUGUAUUCGAUGCGCAGCAAAUAGGGUACAAGCUAGCCCCGUCGGAGUUCCUCUUCGGAACGGGGAGCAUUCGAGCUAAUGAUAUUUCGAGAAGCCUGCUUAAUUAUAGGCGAUAUAGGCGCGAGACGAGCGACGGGACCGGGAACUUAGGCUACCCGCGGGCCAAUCGACCUGUAAUCGCACCCGACCGAUAAUCUAACGUAUUUUGAAUGACGAACGGAAAUAAUUUUAAUGCUAGGAAGCGAACAAACGAAAACUUUGAAACGAACGGACAGAUCAAAUCUAUGUAUCGUUCCUAUUUCGCGCAUCCUUCUCAUACUGGAGAAGAGCGAAUAGGAUCGCCGAGGCUGUCCGGAUUGCGAGUGAGUUCGGCUCGAAGAUAUUUAUUCUCUUGGCAAUUCUUA